ACUCCAUUACUGUUAACAUACCUAGGUUCCUGUCUGGAGGAUUUGGUGAUCCCCUGCUACUAGACACGGAAGCCUGUUAAGCGAAAGCUUCUUCUAUUCUGUCCACAACCAUUUGAACCAUUUGAACAUUUUAUUAUGUUACCAAUUUCUUUUUUUCUAAUCUAUUAUAGUUAAUAUACCUAGGUUCCUGCCUGGAGGUAUUGGUGAUUCCCUGCUUGUACACACGGAAGCCUGUUAAGAGAAAGCUUUUUCAAUUCCUUCCACAGCCAUUUGAACCACUUGAAACAAGAGCUAAUAAUGUAUGGUUCCCAUUGAAAUUAAACGCUACUUGAUAGACUUAGAAUAUUAACUGGCUGUGUAGGUGUUUGUUUCAUGUCAACAUUGAUGUACUUAGUUCCUAGACAGUCUCGUAUGUAAUAGCUGAAAUAGCCAGGUUGAGGUCUAUUUUCUGUUUUGAUCAGUGUUUCGUUUUAUCCUGUUCCUCAGUGUUAUUAGAAUUUUACUGAUAUAUCUGAAUCUAAACAUUUGCAUUAAUUUACAAGGAGAGGUUUUAUUUUUUCACUUGAUUGGCUACCUGAUCCUUUUUUUGCUAUAAGCCAGUUUUUCAAAAAUCCUUUCAUGUAACCCCAACCGUUUCUAAGUUAUGUCGCCUAACUACUGGGGACGAUUAUCACGUAGACCCCGACUAGAAAGUUUUAUCUCCGUAUGGCUCAAACCAACAAUAAAUCAAUUCGUUUGUUAUUCGCCUCUGGCUUACCUUUAACGUACUAUAUCAGCCAGAACAGAACAUUUGGGAAGACGGUAACUAAGGUUUCGGAACACCAAUUUGAACCCCCUUAAUCAAUAUAGAUUUAUGAAACCGUCAUUCAACUUGCCAUUUCUUCCUAGAACCUUACGUUUAACAUCAACAUCACAUAAUUAGGAAUUUAAUCAGUAGUGCUUGGAAAUAUGAUGAGAUACCUGCGAGUCCUUUUUCUUUCUAGUGGUGGACAGUUGCACAAAACCAUUCCAUGGGAUACUAUAUCCUCUUUAAGUCGAGGUCAUUUGCAUGUUAAUGAGCAUGCACGUGUUCUAAAAUUCGACUGUAAAUAUUCGAUCGGUACUGCUAUGAUCAGAGGUGAUACCUGUCUGCUUUAUUUCAGGUUAUUUAUUCCUGAGCUCCGGUGGUUUGGGCGGACAUUAAAGCUAAGAUCCUAAAAACCGGUUCAGUGGAACGAACUUCUUUAGCGUUAUUUAUUUUCUUACAGAAUGGGACAAUCGAAACUAGUUGGGUAAAAUCUCAUCCAGCUCCAGUAGUUUUAUUAACAACCAUGUUUAACUGACCAUAACUUCUAGAAAUCUCUACGGUUAACUUGUCGGGGUCCUUAGUUCUAGGCUGUCUCAAGUUGAUUAUAGCUGUUGGGUGCUGCUCAUGAAACAUGUACAGACCAUCGGAGCCAGUGUUUCGAAAUAAUGACACCAAUUAAGCAACCAGAAUUUACGGAAAUAUGUUCCCAAAAUUGGUUUUUUAACCCAGCAACACUUCUUUGAGAAGUAAUAGUGUUAAGCGAAUUCAUUACCUAAGAACUGAGCAGUAUUCAAACUCUAUGAUUCUUGUCGUAAUUUGUUAUAUAUUAAGCCACUCUUUUGGAUGUUCAUGUAGGCUGCUUCAAGAUUUAUAUAAGAAUCAAAUGUUUAUCCUGUGUUGAUUGAUGUGGAACUUGAAACGGUCACGACAAGUUAUGUAGUAUCGUUGUUUUUAUGUUUUCAGAAACUGAAUAGCUAUAAUUAUUCAACACGAACCUGUUCAUACAACUGUUAUUCAUAUGACCUAUGCUAACUAGUCAUCAACCGUUAAGUGACCUGGUACGAUUACAAGCAGAUAAAUCUUGAAAAUAAAUACUGCAUUCCUAACAUUUCUUUAUCAUCACGAAUUAUUAAACAGUAACUUCAUCUAGGAAAGAGUUGUAACCCUGCAAAAGGUUACUGCAUAGCUCUUGUUCUAAUUCUCAUAUUAUUGUUAUCGUGUCAUUGUUCGACUAGUAGUGUUAUUAUUGUAUUAUUAUUUCUUUCUUGCAGUUAUGGUAAAUCUUUGGUGAAAGGGAAACAAUAUCACGACUGAUGAUUUGAUUCUCACAACCACCUUUUUUAUCGUUUGUAUUUAUGCAAUAUUACAAUAAACACUAUCACUACGUCUGCUGUUUUCAACUUGUGCUCACAAUAGCAGUUAUCAUUUAAACUUUAUAAUUUAUAAUUCAACUCAUCAUUUUUGUGAAUUCCACCAAUUUGUAAAAUGGACUGUCCAAUUGAAGAUAUCGAUAAGAAAGAUCCAGUUGUAGAACAAAAUACUGACGUAAAUUUCGUUUAUAAUGAUACUGAUGAAUACAGUGUAGAAAUUGCUGAAUUAUAUAGUUAUUCUGAAGAGCCUGAAUUUCAUUUAAAUCGUGAAUGUUUUGAAAAAGAUUUUCAUAAAUUUGUUUCUGUCAAAUGGUUUGAGGCUAGCAAUGCUGAACGUCAUUCACAUAUUCAACGAUUAUUAGAUCAUUUAGAGUCUAGUGAUUGUGAAAUACGUCAGAGAGCUACACGAUCACUGUUGUACUUGUUACAAGGGAAUUUUGGUGAUUGUGAAUUAGAGGAAGAUCAAAUAACAUGGGCUAGACAUAAUGUUUAUUUAUGCAUUGAAUCAGGUUUAUUACAAGCUAUUAUAGAACUUUUAUUGUUCGAAACUCACUAUGAUUCAUGGGGUGUAAAUUCAGUUGGAAAUGAUCCAGCAACUAACACUACUUGUAAUGGAUCAACUAAACUCAGUCAAUCUACAGCAGCAACAACUAUAAUUGAUACAAAUCAAAAUUCAACAGUUACAUCAACUCGACAAUCAAAUGUUACAAUGAAAGAUAGUGCAAAUCUCCGUGUUUUAUUGUCUAUUCUAUAUAUUAUGGUUGAAACUGUUCGUGAUGGAAUGUUAACAGAUCAUGCACAACAAACUGUUUCAGCAGAUGAUAAACAUAUGUCAAUAACAACAAAUCAAGCCAGUAACGAUCCAAUGGCGAAACUGAGAGAACAGUUUGUGGAAGAUUUAGCCAUGCCUAUUGAAAAAGACGGUGAUCUCACAUUGACUGCUGUACUAUUUGGCAUGAUUCAUCGUUUUUGCAGUGGUAUUGAUCCACAUUUUCCAAUGAAAAAAGUUCUCUUGUUACUUUGGAAAGUUUUACUAAUAACACUGGGUCCUUUGAGCAGCUUAUUGGUACGUAAAAAUCAAGCACGUGCUCGUUAUGGUUUACCACCAGUUUCGGAGGAUUCUACACAUGUAAUUCAAAAAGUUCGUGCAAGUAGCCCACCUGUAAUGUGUAUUACAGAUCAAGUACUUUCUAGAAUGCAGCGUAAUAACACUAAUAAUAUUAAUAAUAACAAUCGACAUCCCAUCAUAAGUCAAUCAAAUCAAUCUCCUCGACAAGGUAGUUUAGCUGGAGGUCGUUUGGCGUUUGAACAACAGCAACAACAACAGUCUGUUGUCACUUCAGUGACUUUUCCAUUCUCAGCUGAUUCUUCUAAACUUCCUAUCAUUCAGAGUCAAUCACAAUCAACUGAGGCGUUUUCAACAACUUCAGGUUUUGAUACACCUCGACCAAGUUCACCUGUGUCAUCAGAUGCUACUAAUCGUGAUGAUGGAACAACUAAUCGUGAUACAAGUGAACUGUUAAGCUCAUCUAAUUUAAAUCAACCAAAUUUCAAUCAUCAUCAAGUUAUCCUACCAGGAUUAUCGAAUUUAUAUAUGGAUGAGAAGAGUUUACCAUGGAAACCGAAAGUAAAAAAGAAGGAUUUAGAGGCAUUUCUAACGAGUGUUCGCUUGAAAUUUAUUGGUUUUCAUGUUCCUAAUGAUAUAAUCUCUUUGGCUGGUCUUCCUGAACCAAUUCAUGAAGCUGUACGUGUAAUGCGUGAACAUCUUUAUAUUUCAUUAGGUGAAAUGCAAAUUGAACGAGAAAAUGAAAUUGCUCAAAAUCCUCUAUCUAUGGUAGGACAGUCUAUACCAGAUACACCAGUUGAACGACUCUAUCGUUCUAUGUAUCCUUUACUGCCACAAUAUAUGAUUGCUUUACUGAAGGUUCUGUUAGCUGCUAGUCCUACUUCACGUACAAAAACAGAAUCUAUCAAUAUUUUAGCUGAAAUGACACCUGAAACAAUGCCAGCUGAUGGAACCGAAGAGACUAUACUUGAUAGUGAUAAUAAACGUCAUCGUGAAAUUAUUGUUAAAGCAAUAUCAGCUUUAUUAUUAUUACUAUUGAAACAUUUUAAAUUGAAUCAUAUUUAUCAAUUUGAAUAUGUUUCACAGUAUUUAGUUUUUGCUAAUUGUAUACCAUUGAUUUUGAAAUUUUUCAAUCAAGAAAUUACAUUUUAUAUUACAUCGAAAAAUACACUUUCUUGUUUAGAAUUCCCAGCUCGUCUAAUUGGGGAACAAGAAGCAUUAUCGAUCGAUAUGGUUUUUGGUGAUUGGGUUUCGUGUUGUUGGCGUAAUAUGUUUUCAUGUAUUAAUCUAUUAAGGAUUUUGAAUAUGUUAACUAAAUGGAAACAUUCAAGAAUUAUGCUUCUCGUAGUCUUUAAAUCUGCGCCUAUUCUAAAACGUGCACUACGUGUUAGACAUGCAAUGCUUCAAUUGUAUGUAUUAAAAUUAUUAAAAUUACAAAGUCGUUAUUUUGGUCGUCAAUGGCGUAAAAAUAAUAUGUCAAUUAUGUCAGCUAUUUAUCAAAAAGUUAGACAUCGAUUAACAGAUGACUGGGCUUAUGGAAAUGAUGUUGAUGCAUUACCAUGGCAAUUUCAAGUUGAAGAAUGUUCAUUACGUACUAAUGUAGAUCAAUUUAAUCAACGUCGUUAUUCGGAUAAUUGGUUUGAUCCAGAAUAUAAACCAGUUGAUAAUUGUUUAAUGAGUGUACUUAGUCAAUCAAUAGAAUUAUCUAAUGAAUUUAAAGAAAAUUAUGAAAAAUGGCUUGAAGAAGAAGUGUUCUCAGUACCAAUUAAUUGGUCACAUGUAUUAGCUCAUUAAAAAAAAAACAACUGUGUAUCUUCCUUCUUUUUUUUCUUGCAAAAAAAAAAGGAAAUCAUAAUACCGGUUUGUGUUUUCACUUCAAAUGAAAGGUAUCAUUAAUAGUACUAAGUAAACAAAUAUUCAGUGCAAUGUAAGACCCGUUUUGUUUUAUAUCUAAAUAUAUAACUUAUGAAAAAACGUCUUAUGAUUCUUUCAUUCGCUAGGAACACUUCUAGAACCACUGUUGGUCACAAAUCCGAAUAAAGUGUUGGGCAGGUAUUAGCAGCUUUAUUGAUCAUCUGCACAAUAUGGGAGAACGGAAAAACUAUUCAAGUAGCUGCAGGAAUGAAAAGAUACAACCUGGCGGUGCUUAAAAUCAGGCAGGCUGGAUAGGAAAGACUAUUUUCGAGCGAGGUACUAUUGUACGUUGGUCAUGAAGAGAAAACUCCCACUUCGAUUAUGUAUAAAUCGGACAGCUUAUAAGAAAUGACCAAAUUCACUAUUUUAGUCGGACAUUCAGGCAGUAUCCCAGCGCACAAACAAAUCGAAUGAUGAAGUGUGGCGCAUAUAUAUUUGGUGCCUCCUAGUACCAAUAUUUGUGUUUAAAUAAAUAAAUGUCUCAGUCAAGCUGUACAACUUACGUUAGUCCAAAUUUCACACCUUAUUUCAGCAUGACGACAAUCAAGAGAGAAAUAACAACUCCAAUAAAUGGUGGAACAUGAAAAAUACUAUUUAGCGGACAAAAUAAUUUGAGAACAUGAAAUGCAAGAACAGUUUGAAUAUCUAAAUAAUGUGUAAAUUACAAGGUUGAAAGAGCUUAUUUGACAAUAUGACUUGAUACCAGUCUGGACAUUUGUUCAAUACACUGCAUAGAUUACAUGAUGCAGAAACUAACGUUUGAGAACUCCUUUAGACUAUACAAACAUUCAUUGACGUAAUUCACGUGCAGUUACACAACUUUAUAACCCAGAGUUGCCGCUUAUAGAAACCGACCGAAUUGACAAUUCGAACCCUGUUAAACCUAUUCCAGUUUGGGCAAAUGGAUAAUAUCACAAACCUUCAAAUACUUAGACCGUACCUGUUAACGAUUUCAA